CCUCUCCACCUGGCUCUGCUGCGCACCGCCGACUGGAGGCAGAGCGCCGCUACUCCUCUCCCCUACGCUGAGGUAGACGCAGUUUCCAACAAACCCGAGUUCAUCUCUCAUCCGCAAAGCAUCUAGACCUACUUUUGGUUGAAUUCCAGAAUAUAGAAGCUUAUUGGAAUUUGAAAGAAAGUGGGAAGAAAACAGAACAGAGAAAGAAAGCAGCCUUCAGCAUCCUCCCCUCGCAUCUCGGCUCCUUCAUUCCUCCCCGGUGUUUGUCUCCUAGAAUCCAGGAGCGCUUCUUUAUUUUCUGCCUUUUUUCUGGGACUUUCAAUCCCUUUUCUUAGCCGCUGGAAGGAACCCGAGGAAGAUCCCGAGAGCUGGCCGGACGUUUCAGUUUUCAUCUUCCCGAUACAGGCGGCGGAUCCCCGCACGAUAAAGACUGGAAAUUAUUAAUCCCGCACACACCGCAGUACCGCAUGGUGGGAAUUUCUGUCUCCUUUCAGUAUCGCACUGGGAAGCGUUCCACCAUGCCCGACUCACCUGCGGAUGUCAAGGCACAGUCCAGGUUGACGCCCCCUACCAUGCCACCUCCACCCAGUACACAAGGGGCCCCCCGAAACAGCUCGUACACGCCCACUACAUUGACGAAUGGCAGUAGUCACUCCCCAACAGCGCUCAACGGUGCGCCAUCUCCUCCUAAUGGCUACAGCAACGGCCCCAGCUCGUCCUCCUCAUCUUCGCUUGCGAACCAGCAGCUGCCACCGGCUUGUGGGGCCCGGCAGCUCAGCAAGCUCAAGCGUUUCCUCACCACUCUUCAGCAGUUUGGGAACGACAUCUCACCAGAAAUUGGGGAGCGAGUCCGCACACUAGUACUGGGACUAGUGAAUUCCACGCUAACCAUCGAGGAAUUCCACUCCAAGCUCCAAGAAGCCACCAACUUCCCCCUGCGACCUUUUGUCGUACCCUUUCUGAAGGCUAACCUGCCAUUGCUUCAGAGAGAGCUGUUGCACUGUGCCAGGCUUGCCAAGCAGAAUCCAGCUCAAUAUCUGGCCCAACAUGAGCAGCUACUCCUGGAUACCAGCACCACAUCACCGGUGGAUUCCUCCGAACUCCUGCUUGACGUCAAUGAAAACGGCAAGAGAAGGACUCCUGACAGAACCAAAGAGAACGGCUUCGAGCGAGAUGGAGCCAUCCAUCCAGAUGUCCACCCAAGCAAACGGCCUUGCACCAUGAGCCCCGCCCAGCGUUUCAGUCCGUCCAAUGGGCUCUCCUACCAGCCCAAUGGGCUGCCCCACCCAGGUCCCCUCCCUCCGCAGCACUACAGGCUGGAUGACAUGGCCAUCGCCCAUCAUUACCGUGACACAUACAGACACCCAGCCUCCAAUCACAGGGAAAUCCGAGAGCGAGCCAGGCCUAUUGGUAUGCAUGCAGGAAGCAGGCAGGAGGAGGUGAUUGACCACAGACUGACAGACAGGGAAUGGGCCGAGGAGUGGAAGCACCUUGACCAUGUAAGAAAACUGCUGAAUUGUAUCAUGGACAUGGUGGAGAAAACAAGACGUUCUCUGACUGUGCUGCGGAGGUGCCAGGAGGCCGACCGAGAGGAGCUCAACUACUGGAUAAGGCGUUACAGCGAUGCAGAGGAGCUGAAGAAGGGGGCUUCUAGUGGGCAGUCAAGGCAGCAGAGCCCUGCAGCACAGGAAAACACAACAUCAGACAUUCCCAGAGAGCUGUUGCACCGGCCUGUUUCGGGUUACGUCCCUGAAGAGAUCUGGAAAAAAGCUGAAGAGGCGGUGAAUGAGGUGAAGCGUCAGGCCAUGUCUGAACUGCAGAAAGCCGUGUCAGAGGCAGAGCGAAAAGCUCACGAGAUGAUCAGCACUGAGCGGGCAAAGAUGGAGCGUACUGUAGCUGAGGCCAAACGUCAGGCAGCUGAGGACGCACUCUCCAUCAUCAACCAGCAGGAGGACUCCAGCGAGAGCUGCUGGAACUGUGGUCGUAAAGCCAGCGAGACGUGCAGCGGCUGUAACACAGCGCGCUACUGCGGCUCCUUCUGCCAGCAUAAGGACUGGGAGAAGCACCACCAUGUCUGCGGUCAGACCCUCCAGGCCCAGCAGCAGCAGCAGCAGUCCAGCCAGCCGCAAGGAGGAGUUCCAGGCUCAGAGACUCCCGCCCCCAUCAGCUCUUCAGCCUGCACUCCAAGCAGCGGCACCGGGAGUCCUGCUGCGACCCCCCCUGCCGCUACUCCACGCUCGUCCACCCCCAGCACCCCAUCCUCUUCUGCUCUUGACAGUACACCUCGCUAGGAAAGCUUCCCAUGUGCAACAAACAGUGCUAAAACCCACAAAGAGCAUGACUGUCUACAUCAUGACAUUGUCUUUGCAAAGAAAACAACAGAUAGGGACGGCAAAGCAUGUGUCUGUCUUACAAUGUGGUCGAAAAAGGAGGAAAAACGAGGUCAAUAAUCAGGUCAUAUUGACUUGCCAUGACUUUAAAGAAACGCAAAGAUAUUCUUUGUGUUGAAUGAACAAAUUGAAAAAUUACAUCCUUUUAUCAUUACACUUCUUUGCUCUUGUGCGUUGGUUGUUGUACCUGUUGUCGUUACUGUUGUCAGUGUAGCUUCUCUUACUUUACUUUGUAAAUAUAAAAAGACUGAUCUGAGGAGUCAAGACCUCACCUUUAUAAAUGUUUUAUUUUUCGUCUCUCAUUUAAGCUUUAUUUCCUCUCUGUUCCAGACAUUGCACCUAAGUUAACUUUUCAUACAAAGCCGAAUGACUGAAGUGGUCAAUAUUCACUGCAAAUGAGGAGAUUAGAUUUUAAUACAGGCUGAUGAAUAAAUAAGGGACAGACUGAACCUCUGGCUUGCAGACCCAGCCGCCAAGAAGCAGGCAGAUGUGCAGCAGAUUGCUAGCCGAGCCAGCUGUUCAGCCGGCAUUAUUUCCCUCUCACUUGUCGUAAUAUCCAGGUCAGUGGGCUGUGAAAUCCAAAUCCAAGUUCCCCAAAGGAUGGAAAAGGAAGACUUCUUGGACAGAAUGCAAAACAACUUUGCCCACAGCGCACAAACGCACGCAGGAUGCACUGAGAAACAUUUCACGUGCAUGCUCGCCGGGUUACAAAAGCUCUUUAACGACCAGAAAAUGAGGUUAUCAGCUUGCCGGCGAGACUGUCAGACAUCUUCAGUGGCUGCUGCUUGGUGGCUCAGACCUGGAAACUAAUAUUGUGUUGACAUGCUCCUCCUCUCUCAACAUUUCCUCCCACCUUUCAUUUAUUUUGUGUAAACGUCACGCUUUCUGUCAUGUGGUGUUACCAAUGGUUAUUUAUUGAAUAUGUUUUGGACACUUGUGACAAUUGAUAGUACCUGGAAAAAAGUCAUGGUUCAAACUCUUCAUAUUUCCAUCUCUAGCUGGAGGAAGAAAAGAUUAAAAAAAAGGAAGUGUUACUUUUUUCAAGCUGCUUUUCUAUUCUGUGUGUAUGUAGUAGAAUCUUUGUAGCUUCAUGAGUUUUAUCCCCUCACCCCAAGAAAAGACACAAUAUUAUAUCUCAGAGCUGCUACUUCAUUUCGACCGAGAUCUCUUCUGAGAACUAGCAUGUUGCGUGGAAUGCUAAGCUAAAUGUUUUGUACAAGGGACAUACAAUGCUGGGACAAAGGAUCUGCCCCCCACAGAUUACACCUAAAUGUUCACAAUGAUUGUUGGCCUGCUUCAUGCUGUUUGACAGGUACUAUUUUGUGAUUCCUUGUCCGGUAGUUAUUAUGCCGGGAAAUGGCUCAUGAGAGGAAUUCAGAUUUCCAAAACACCAUUUUAUAUUUACUCAGGAUAUCUUUGAUAUCAGUGUUUGAUUAAAUAAAUAUUUAAAAGAGACAAAGAAAGUGAGAACAUGAGAAAUCUGUGUGGGGACAAAUACCUUUUCACAGCACUGUACAUAUAUGUAUUUGCACUGUCAUGGAAUUUAUUUCGGCAUGCUUCUUUUCAACAUUGUUGGAGCCAUAAUUCAUCAGCAAUUUUGUAUGUUGUAUCAUGUUUUUGUUUUUUUAUAAAUAUUGUUUUGAAAUGACGCAGCUGUAAAACAUGAACACAUCAAAAUCUUUUUUUCCUAAUCUUCAUUAUAAGAAUAGCACCCGAAAUGUUUUUAUUUAAAUAGCUACACGCUGUGCAUGUACAUUACUGAAAAUUUGUUAAAUAUUUGUUUUUUAGAAAAAAAAAAAGCAAAACAACCAAAAAAAAUAACAAAAUACAAAAAAAGUACUCUAACAAAGUGAUUUUCCAAAUGCAGAGGUGUAGACUUCGAUUGACAGCUUUAACAU